AUUGGAGUGAGAGCUGCUGUCGGUCACGGAUCAUCCGUGUCACGUACAUCAUAUAACUUUACUCUAUAUGCACUUAGCACAAUAUCACUUAUUUACUACUUGAAUAUCACAGCUGAGGCACAAGGAUCCAGACAGUAUUUGUGAAAUAACACCAGAUAGGAAUAAAUCAUCUCUUAAGAAGGUACUAAAAAGAGAAGUGUCAUUGGGAUUCCAUGGCAUGACUUUAGCUGAAUAUUAUGAAGCACAGAGUGUUCCAAGGGGCCCUACAAGUUAAACUGUUACUAAGUUUGCAGACAACGGGGGCAAAGGUCUGUUUGUACAAGUUCUAUACACGUCUCCAUUCAUCUCAGAGCUUUAACUCUUUCCUUCCUCCAGAAGGAACAAUCCGCUCCGGCUGUACAGAUCACACGGGUGUCAGCGGAGAAGCUGAAAGAGUUAAAGGUAAAAUGUCUGAAGUCUAAACGUCUCCUAAUCAGACGUACUCUUGGAGCGGCACCUACACAACAUUCUCACCUCGUCCAUCUAGACGGGUCACUAGAACUUCUACAGACUCUGACCCAUCACUCCCCUCCUCUGCUAGAGGCACUUUAUUAGGAUCUAUAGAGGGACAACACCGGCCUGGUUUUCUACAUGGGAAUGAAGGAAACAGCAGAGAUACGACCACAGAGGAGAUAGGAAACAUCAACUCUACAACAAGUCAUCUGCCACUCAGCCAACCUUCCCAACAGAGAAUUCCUCAUCACCAGAAAGAGACGCAAUUCUCACCUUCUCCUCCGCUGAACUGACAUCGGGUGGAUUGAUGAACCGAGUUUUUGGUCAGACUUGUCUUAAAAAAUAAGUCAGAUGAGAAACGAACCAUAUGAGUGUCUUAAGUGACGGAAAGUUAUUCUUGCAAUUCACUGGAGGAUUCACACAGGAUUCAAGACAUAUCAGUGUUCUAAAUGUUGUAAGUGUUUUGGAGCCUCUUCAACAUUGAUCCAUUCUCAGAGGACAACAAGAGAGAAGUCAUUUCAGUGUUCUGGAAGUGACAAUGGCUUUACAGUAAAGUCCAACCCAUGUAUACAUAAGAGAAGUCAUUUCAGAAGAUAUUUCUUGUUUGGAAUGUAAUAAAGAUUUACAAUGGAGGCAAAAGGUAUCUCACACCAGAAGGUUCACACUGGAGAGAAGCCAUAUAAAUGUUCUGAAUGUGACAAAGCUUUUACAGCAAAGGACAAGCUUAUCAGACACGAGAGGGUUCACACUGGAGAGAAACCUUUUCGGUGUUCUGAAUGUGGCAAAACUUUUACACAGAAGAGUAGCCUUAACAAACACAAGAUGAUUCACACUGGAAAGAGGCCAUAUCAAUGUUCAGAAUGUGACAAAGCUUUCAUUCAGAAAGAUAAUUUUAUUACACACAAGAUGACUCACACUGGAGAGAAGCCAUAUCAAUGUUCAGAAUGUGACAAAGCUUUUACAUCUAAGUCAUAUCUUUUCAGACACCAGAAGAUUCACACUGGAGAGAAGUCAUAUAAGUGUUCUGAAUGUGACAAAGCUUUUAUAACAAAGAAAGAGCUUAUCACACACCAGAGGGUUCACACUGGAGAGAAUCCAUAUCAGUGUUCUGAAUGUAACAAAGCUUAUAAAACAAAGUCACAACUUUUCAUUCACCAGAUGAUUCACACUGGAAAGAAGCGGUAUGAGUGUUCUGAAUGUGAAAAAGUUUUCAUAGAGAAGAGAGACCUUAUAAGUCACCAGAUGAUUCACACUGGAGAGAGGCCCUAUGAGUGUUCUGAAUGUGGCAAAGCUUAUACAAACAAGAGAGGGCUUAUCAGACAUCAGAAAAUUCACAUUGAAGAGAAGCCAUAUGAGUGUUCUGAAUGUGACAAAGCUUUUACACAGAAGUCAAGCCUUAUCACACACCAGAGGAUUCACACUGGAGAGAAGCUGUAUCAGUGUUCUGAAUGUGAUAAAGCUUUUAUAGGGAGGCACAAGCUUUUCCAACACACACGGGUCCAUACCAGAGAGAAACCAUAUCAAUGUUCUGAAUGUGGCAAAGCUUUUGCAUGUAAGUCAUAUCUUAUCAUCCACCAGAGGAUUCACACUGGAGAGAAGCCAUAUCAAUGUUCUGAAUGUGAUAAAGCUUUUACAGUGAAGAUAAGCCUUAUCACACACCAGAGGGUUCACACUGGAGAGAAGCCAUUUCAAUGUUCUGAAUGUGACAAAGAUUUUACAAAUAAUGCCGGGCUAAUCAAACACCAGAGGAUUCACACGCUUCAGCUGCAGUAAAGAAACUCUGGAAGAAGGGGGAGGAGCUAAGCUGCAAUGAAAGACUUCAGGGUGUUUCAUUAAUUUCACAGCUCAUGUCAUCUCA